GAGAGGAGAUUAAACCAUGAGAGAAACUUGUUCAGAAAGCAUGGCAUUCACCGACUGUAUGAAACCCACUGACCUGGCUGCAGAGAAAAAGGGGAUAAAAAGGAAAAACUGGAGAAAUAGGAUAGGAUUCCUCCUGAAAAUAAACUCUUCCCAGUCAAUAUUGCAUCUAAUGAAAAACAGAUCCUACAGGCCAACUGCUGAUGACGUGAACCAAUGGGCGCAGUCACUUGACAAACUACUUACUCAUAAAUAUGGCAAAGCUGCAUUUUGUAUCUUCCUGAAGUCUGAGUUCUGUGAAGAGAACAUUGAGUUUUGGACAGCGUGUGAGGACUUCAGUAAACUCACGUCGCACAAAGAGCUGGUGUCCAAGGCCAACAGCAUUUACGAGGAGUUCAUUAAAAGUGAAGCUCCCAAAGAGAUCAACCUGGAUUUUCACACAAGAAACGCUAUCGUCCAGAGCCUAAACGAGCCCAGUGCAACCAGUUUUCUGGCAGCUCAGAGGAAAGUCUACAGUCUGAUGGAGAACAACUCCUACCCCAGGUUUAUCCACUCUGACCUCUACAAAGAACUGUGUGCAGCUGCCAGAGGAGAGGGCAAGCACAUUAAGUCCUAGUCAAACUAGACACUCACACUCCCAAAGUCAUUUGUUUACUGGUGUGACUGUGUGAAUAGACUGUGGAUGAUGUUUAUUCCAGGCACUGCCUCGGGAUAAUAGACCCAAAUGCAAAUCCUGAGCAUAAACAUUAACAGCGAGUGCGGAAAAUGCAAAACUGAAGCCAUUUUUAGUCUGUCCUGCUGACAGCUUUCAAAAAUGAAGUUGGGAUGAUUAGGCCCAGUGUUAUAUGAUGCUGCAGGUGCUAUGAAGCCACAGAUGGGAUUAAAGUCAUUUUCUUCCCUGGGCUAUUACCUGCACUUUGUUUACCACAUUAGAUGUUUGUAUUUUGAGCAAUGACACAGUUAGAGAAAAUGCUGUUGUUGUGCCUUUGCAUUCAAAGCAGAGAAGACUGUGGAUGUCCGUCCAAACACCUCAUGCUCUUUCACUAGCCUCACACUGAACCGACUGUGCUGUUGGAAUGUAUUUUGACGAUUUUGUACAGCUGUCACAUACACAGGGUUUUAUUUAUGUUGCUUUGCUGGAUUUGUUGCUGAAGUGUUUACACAAAGUGCAAUUUAAGUUAAUAUAAUAUAUUUUUCACUGAAGACUGUACUGUGACAACAUGAUGUAAUAUAAAUACUGUGAUAUUUUACAUCACGUGUUGAAUGUGAAUUUAUGUUUGAGGCAGCUGGAUUGCUCCAAAAAAUAAAACGAUU